AUGCAGCCUUUGUGGCGGCAGUGGUUUGAGGCCAGCGGCUUCGUGUGGUGGCCCUACGGCGGGGCCUGCAGCAGCAGCUGCCACCGCCAGGUGGACCGCGACGGCUUCCUGCUGCUGCCCCGUCACCAGCAGCAGCAGCAGCAGCAGCAGCAGCAGCAGGGGCUGCGCCACCAGCAGCAGGGGCUGCACCAGCACCAGCAGGGGCUCCACCCCCAGCAGCAGGGGCUCCACCCCCAGCAGCAGCAGGGGCUGCUGCAGCAGCAGCAGCAGGGGCUGCAGCAGCAGCAGCAGGGGCUGCUGCAGCAGCAGCAGCAGGGGCUGCAGCUGCAGCUGGAGGGCAGCGCGUGGCAGCCCGGGGAGCCGGCUGCGGGGUACCGGGAGUUCCGGCACGAGGGCUGGUGCUGUCAGUUCUUGUGGAAUGCGCGGAGUUUGCAAAAGUGGAGAAGUGGAAAUUGUGUUUUUGCUGCAGUGCCCACUGAGGGCCUCCGGCUUUUCGCGGUGUCUGUACACCCCAAGGGCGUCUACGCCUCCAGGGCCGAGGCCUCGCCGCCCCCCGCCGCUGCUGCUGCUGCGCUGCUGCAGCAGCCAGCUCACUCCCCCGCAGCCGCGCCCUCCCCCCUGCAGCAGCAGCAGCAGCAGCAGCAGCAGCAGCAGCAGGAGCUGGAGCCCUCGCCGGCCUCCUCUCACCGCACUGCAGCAGACGCAGCCGAGGGCCCGCAGCAGCAAAUGGUCCUCUUCUCCCCAGGGGCUGGCCGCUGCCUCUCAGCAGCGCUGCAUGCAAAGGCAGCAGUCUUGAUAGCUGCAGCAGACAGGAUCCUGUGCGUCAUAGAGCCCCUGGGGGGCCCCCCGGGGCCCCGGACCGAGGGGGGCCCCCGCCAGGGCCCCAGGGGGGCCCCCCCUGCUGUUUCUCUUUCUCCCGUUUCCUCUUGUGCUGCUGCUGGCAGCAUUUCUUCUUUGGCUUCUCUUGAGUUGGAGCUCGAGAGCCUUGUCAGUGGGGGCGGCGGGGGGCGCCGCGGCAGCAACAAGGGCAGAAAGAGCGGGGCGAUGAAGCACGCUGCUGCUGCUGCUGCUGCUGCUGCUGCAGCGGGCGAGGGCAGGCGGCUCGGCUGCGACCCCGCAGCAGCAGCCCCUCGCGGCGCUGCUGCUGCUGCUGCUGCGGGCGCGGGCGGCGCUGGGGCCGCCUUAGGGGCGAGCCCGGCCUCCUCCGCAGCCUGCGCAGCAGCAGCAGCAGCAGCAGCAGCAGCAGCGGAAGUGCGGGAAAUAUGCCGCUGCUUCCCCAGAAACGCGUGGCUGGGCUGCAGCGUGGACGCAGCCAGCGGACUCAUGGCUUGCUGCUUCCUUUCUUCAGAGCCCAGCAGCAACGGGCGGGGCCGCCGCAAGAAGGGGGGGGCGUUGGCGGACGCCUGCGAGUACAGGGUGUACGACAUGUUGAACGAAACCGAAGUGGCCCAGUUGUCUAUUGAAGGUCAUUUGGUGCAUCGCCUAAUUCUUAAUUUCGUAUUUUCUUCCAAUGCGUCCCGCGUGUUCGGCUUUGACAGAUGGCACAGGGAGUUUUUCGUGUGGUGCCUGCCGCCUGGGGCUGAGGAGCAGCAGCAGCAGCAGCAGCAGCAGCUGGAAGCUGCAGCAAUUGUGAAUGCGCACACGGAUGGGAUUUUGGCUUUGGAUGCUCUCGAGACUGCAGCAGCUUUGAAAGUGGUUUGCGGCAGCAGAGACGAAACCCUCAGUCUUUACUCCGUGGACCCUUUGCUGCGGCUCGCCACCUUCACCGGACACCAGGCCGAAGUCUCCGCUGUCUGCUGGCUGCGCAACGGAGAAGCAGCUCUGGGCGGCCAGGGGCCCCCUGUGGGGUUGGGGGCCCCGGGUGUAUCUACAGAUGAAGACAUGCAAAGUUUUGCUUCGGGGGCUUACGACGGCUCCAUCAAAAUCUGGGACGCCAGACAGGGAGACGCAAAGAGCCUCCCAGGUCACGGCCUGACGCUGCUAGAACACCAAAAUCGAAUAACGAGGCUCGCGGGUGUUUGGGAUGGCCAAAUGCUCCUUUCUGGGGACGUGGACGGCGUAGUGAAGCUGUGGGAUUUGCGCAAAUGCGCCGACUCCGUCAUGACGGCGAAAUACAACGGAGCCAUUUUGGACCUCCAGGCGAACCGCGCUUUCUGUGUGGUGCGUUUGAACAGAAAUUAA